UUUAUAAGGAAACAUUUUGCUUGUUCUUCGCGUGCUUGUGUAUAUAUAUAUAUAUAUUCUAUAUCUAUGGGAGUUUGGAUCGGGGGAGAGGGGUGAAAACGAGAUAAAGCAUUGGUUAAGAAAAAAAACGAUAACAGAGAGACGAAGGGAAAAAAAAAGAACUGGUAGAGCUUUGUGUAACAAGGACGUUCUCCCUCAUCUGUGUGUAGCAGCAUAGAGAGGGGUCUAUAGAAUUGUGUUGAGGCUUGCUGAGUUUCUGAGACAAGAAGAUAAAUAAGGGUGGGCAAUAAAAAAGGAGAAAUAAUUGGGUACAAAAGAAGAAGAAGCUAAAGAAAAGACUCUGGGCUGCGGCACAGGGUUAACUAAAUGAAGAGAGUCAGUGGGAAAAGAAAGUGAGAGACAGACUGCUGGCGGCGGCUGCAAAGUCUUUUCUAUCCGCCUAACCUUUCGAAGGGAAAGUGCCUGGGAGUGAGAGGCUGAACUAGGCGGAGCUGCCAGCCGAAGAAUGGAGUGAGAGGGAUGAGGACACGAAGAUGCUGGAGUAAAGCAGCGAGACGCCCAGAGGCUCCAUCCAUCCCCAAUGGCAGCUCCUAAGGACAUCAUGCUGCACCUUCCACCACUGAAGGAGACUUACUGCAGACAAUAAGCCACCGCCUUUCCACAACUUGGACAAUUCUUCCAAGGCGAGAAGGAAAAACCGAGAGAGACAGAGAGAGACGGGAAAUGAAGGCGAGCUGUUCUUUCGGGUUGAUUUGAGGCUGCCCCCGUUCCUCGGUGACUGCAUGAAUGGGGUCUGGUUUUAGCCUGCGUUUUCUCUGCUUUUGAACCAAGGCAGCUUAUCCAGCGGGGCUCGCUUCCUACAAGGAGAACUCAACCUAGUUGUGUGGUAUUCUGCAUUGAUUCCAAGAUCAAUUUUGUUUCAGUUGCUGAGGAAUUCAUUUGAGGACUUGGGUGCUGAUCAAUCUGCUUCAUCACUAAUUUCAAUCAAUUUAGAUUGAGCCAGUUGAUGCAAAGCCCAAGACACUGAAGGAAUGUCCAGUGGGAGCAGUUCUUGUGCCUCACCUGAAAACACUUGCUACACUUUUACUACUGGACUUUGUACAAUGACCAUGUGGACCCAGUGGUUCCUGACUAUACUCAUUGGUACAGCCACUGUAACUGCCUUUAGCCGAGCUCCAGUUCCAAUGGCAGUGAUCAGGAGGGAACUGUCCUGUGAAAGUUAUCCAAUUGAACUCCGUUGUCCUGGAACUGAUGUCAUUAUGAUUGAAAGUGCCAAUUAUGGAAGGACUGAUGACAGAAUCUGUGAUGCUGACCAAGCCCAGAUGGAGAAUAUUCGGUGCUUCCUACCAGAUGCCUAUAAAAUAAUGUCACAAAGAUGUAAUAAUCGUACUCAAUGCUCAGUUGUAGCUGGACCCGAUGUGUUUCCAGACCCUUGCCCAGGAACAUACAAGUAUCUUGAAGUUCAGUAUGAAUGUGUUCCAUACAAAGUGGAACAGAAAGUUUUCUUAUGCCCUGGAACACUUAAAGCAGUUUAUCAAAUGGACCACUUGUUUGAGUCUGAUCACCAGUCGGGUGCCUGGUGCAAAGACCCACUUCAAGCUUCUGACAAGGUCUAUUAUAUGCCUUGGACCCCGUACAGAACAGAUACGUUAACUGAAUACUCUUCAAUGGGAGAUUUUAUUGCUGGUCGACCGACCAUCACCUACAAACUUCCUCAUAGAGUGGAUGGAACCGGGUUCGUAGUGUAUGAUGGAGCACUAUUCUUUAAUAAAGAGCGAACAAGAAACAUUGUGAAGUUUGAUCUCAGGACAAGGAUCAAGAGUGGUGAGGCCAUCAUAGCCAAUGCCAAUUACCAUGACACAUCGCCUUACCGAUGGGGAGGAAAGUCAGACAUUGAUCUUGCAGUGGAUGAAAAUGGCUUGUGGGUUAUUUACGCAACUGAACAGAACAAUGGCAAAAUAGUUGUUAGCCAAUUAAAUCCUUAUACAUUAAGGAUUGAGGGUACUUGGAAUACUGCUUAUGAUAAGAGGUCGGCUUCAAAUGCUUUCAUGAUUUGUGGCAUUCUAUACGUGGUGAAAUCAGUGUAUGAAGAUGAUGACAAUGAAGCCACUGGAAAUAAAAUCGACUACAUCUAUAACACUGAGCUGAGCAUGGAUGGAAAUGUUGAAGUAUUGUUUCCGAACUCCUACCAGUAUAUUGCAGCAGUGGAUUAUAACCCUCGUGACCAUAAACUGUAUGUGUGGAACAAUUACCAUGUUCUGAAGUAUUCACUGGAGUUUGGUCCACUCAACGAAAACGAAUCAACAUCUUCGUCAUUUGUCAUGGAAGUUACAAAAAGUCCCAGUGUUAAGGUGGCCACUACCAUAGCCACAACAAUAAUAGCUUCAGGAAAGAGUAUCAAGACCACAACAACCCCAGCAUUGGAGAAUCCUCCAUUAAUUCUUGGGACCACGACAAAGACACCAAUAGCAUCACACCUUCCUGCUGAGGGGGCUGAAUGUUGUGAAGCCACAGACAAACGUGAUAUAUCUUGGCCCAAAACUCAACCUGGCGAGAUGGCUAAAAGACCAUGUCCUCUGGGAACAAUAGGUAUAGCUACCUACACAUGCUUGUCACCUGAAGGACUCUGGGAUCCAUUAGGUCCAGAUCUAAGUAACUGCAGUUCUCCUUGGAUAAACUUGCUGUCGAAAAGAGUUCGAUCCGGGGAGGCUGCUGCCAAUAUUGCUCGAGAACUUGCAGAGCAGACAAAAAGUCUGAUUCAUGCUGGCGAUAUUUUAUUCUCUGUCAAGCUCAUGGAACAGUUAGUCGAUUUGCUCAACAUGCAACUUCGUAACCUAACUCCAGGUGGAAAAGACAGUGCAGCUCGGAGCCUGAACAAGCUUCAGAAAAGAGAGCGCUCUUGCAGGGCCUACAUUCAGGCCAUGGUGGAGACAGUUAACAAUCUCUUACAACCUCAAGCCUUGGAUGCUUGGAAGGACCUCAUGACAAGCGAUCAGCUGCGAGCAGCCACUAUGUUACUUGAUACAGUGGAGCAAGGCGCAUUUGUCCUUGCUGACAACCUGCUCAAGACAGACAGAGUCCGAGAAAACACUGAAAACAUACUGUUAGAGGUUGCCCGCUUGAGCACAGAUGGAACAUCAGAAGAUUUGCAAUUUCCGCAAAAUGGACUGAAUGGGAACUCCAUCCAACUUUCUGCAAGUACUCUGAAAAAGAAUGGUCGUAAUGGUGAGAUAAGAGUGGCUUUUGUCCUCUACAAUAAUUUGGGAAGCUAUCUUUCUACAGAGAAUGCCAGCUUCAAGCUAGGAAGUGAGGCGAUGUCAACGAAUCACACUGUUAUAGUCAACUCACAGGUCAUCUCUGCAGCAAUAAAUAAAGAAAGCAACCGAAUCUACUUGGCAGCCCCUGUCAUUUUUACCUUAAAACAUCUUGAUCUCCAAAACAAUUUUAACCCUAAUUGCUCAUUCUGGAGCUACUCAAAGCGCACAAUGACGGGAUAUUGGUCCACGCAGGGUUGCAGAAUGCUGGGCUCAAACAGGACACACACCACAUGUUCCUGUAAUCAUCUGACAAACUUUGCCGUCCUCAUGGCACACAAAGAUGUUAAGUUUAGUGACCCUGUCCACGAGCUGCUGCUGGAAGUUAUUACCUGGGUCGGAAUCCUGAUAUCACUUGUCUGUCUCCUGAUCUGCAUCUUCACCUUUUGUUUCUUUCAUGGACUUCAGAGUGAUCGAAACACUAUUCACAAAAACCUUUGCAUCAGCCUCUUUGUGGCCGAGUUGCUUUUCCUAAUUGGAAUCAAUCGUACAGAUCAACCGAUUGCUUGUGCGGUAUUUGCUGCUUUGCUUCACUUCUUUUUCCUGGCUGCAUUCACAUGGAUGUUCCUGGAGGGUGUUCAGCUCUACAUUAUGUUAGUGGAGGUCUUUGAAAGUGAGCACUCCCGCAAAAAAUACUUUUAUCUGGUUGGAUAUGGUGUACCUGCACUUAUUGUCGCUGUCUCAGCUGCUGUGGAUUACCGGAGUUAUGGGACAACAACAGCAUGUUGGUUGAGGCUCGACACCUACUUCAUUUGGAGCUUUAUAGGUCCUGCAACCUUGAUUAUUAUGUUAAAUGUGAUAUUUCUUGGGAUUGCUCUUUACAAGAUGUUCCAUCAUACAACUGUGUUGAAGCCAGAAUCUAGCUGUUUGGACAAUAUCAAAUCAUGGGUCAUAGGGGCCAUAGCUCUCCUUUGCCUCCUUGGACUAACUUGGGCUUUUGGACUUAUGUUCAUUAAUGAAAGCACAGUUAUCAUGGCAUACCUCUUCACCAUUUUCAACUCACUGCAGGGAAUGUUUAUAUUCAUUUUCCACUGUGUCCUCCAGAAGAAGGUGAGAAAAGAGUAUGGCAAAUGCUUUCGUGCCCACUGCUGCAGUAAAAGAAGCACAGAAAGCUCCCUUGGUUCAGCAAAGACAUCUGGUGCUCGAACUCCUGGACGUUAUUCUACAGGCUCUCAAAGCCGAAUUCGAAGAAUGUGGAAUGACACAGUUCGAAAACAGUCUGAAUCUUCCUUUAUCACAGGAGAUAUCAACAGCUCAGCAUCGCUGAACAGAGGGGCUAUGGCUAACCAUCUAAUAACCAAUGCUCUUCUUCGUCCUCAUGGCACUAACAAUCCUUAUAACACAUUGCUUGGGGAAUCAGCAAUCUGUAACAACCCCUCAGUCAGCAUGUACAACACACAAGAGCCCUACAGAGAGACAAAGGUGUUGCUGAACAAUGCGAGGGAUACAAGUGUCAUGGAUACUCUACCACUGAAUGGUAACCAUGGCAACAGCUACAGUAUUGCCAGUGGAGAAUACCUGAGUGAUUGUGUGCAAAUUAUUGACCGUGGGUACAACCACAAUGAAACAGCCUUAGAGAAAAAGAUCCUGAAAGAACUCACCUCCAACUACAUCCCUUCCUAUAUGAACAACCACGAGCGCUCCAACGAACAGAACAGGAACCUCAUGAACAAAUUAGUGAACAACAUUGGAAACAGCAGUGAAGACAAUGCAGUCGUUCUCGAUGAUGCCACUUCAUUUAACCACGAAGAAAGCCUAGGACUGGAACUCAUUAGAGAGGAAUCAGAUGCCCCUUUGUUGCCACAAAGGGCGCAUUCAGUAGAGAACCAUCAGGCCCACCAGUAUCCCAACCGAAGACGGAUCCCUCAAGAUCACAGUGAGAGCUUUUUUCCUUUGCUAACCAAUGAGCACACAGAAGAACUGCAGUCACCCAACAGGGAUUCUCUGUAUACCAGCAUGCCUGCUUUGGCAGGUGUGCCCGUGGCAGAUGGUAGUGCUGCUCAGACCCAAAGCGCUCCUCCAGCAACUAAAAGUAGUGACGGUGAUGAUGUGUAUUAUAAAAGUAUGCCGAAUCUGGGCUCCAGGAACCAUGAACAGCAACUUCAUACUUACUACCAGCUAGGACGUGGAAGCAGUGAUGGAUUUAUUGUUCCUCCCAACAAAGAAGGCUCCUCACCUGAAGCGAAUUCAAAAGGACCAUCACAUUUGGUCACUAGUCUAUAGGGGCAAAGACUAACCUGGAUGGCUUGUUCUGGUUGCCCAGAACCAAGUGAAACAAUGUGUGUAUGCUUGAAUCUAAAUGCUGUUGAUAAACUGCUGAACUACUUUGAAAAGUUUUAUAUUCAGACCCAACCUAGUGAGGCACUGCGUGGGAAGCAACUGAUAAGGAAAUAGUCUGUUUUAAGGCAAAAAAGAAUUACUGAACUGAUUGAGAGGGUUGGACGUGUACGUUGAAAUGACAUUCAGUUUUGCUUCCUUCAAUAAUGCUAAGUUUUUAGCCUUUUUUCUCUAGUGUCUAUUUUCUUGAGGACUUCUAACUAAGGCUUGGUGUAAGUCAGUGCCAGCUAUACUGGUGCAAGGGUAUGGAUUGCUUUCUUUUUUUUCCUUGUUUUUAUUACCACUGUAUAUCAGUCGUGACUUUCUCACACAACUUAGAUGCUGCAGUUUACCAAGCUGCAGAAUUCCUACAAUCAUAAAGGAAACCUCUCCAAUCUCCAAGAAAGGGAAUUAUUCAAAUUAUAUGCUAGAUACAUACUUUAUGUUUUGCUGUAAUAAUUCUGAUUAUAAAACUAAUGACAAGAGAAUUUUGAACUAUUUCUAUGUACAGACACUCAACAUUGCACAUAUAUUGUAGUAUGCUUUUUUCCUCCAAACUUAUGUCCCUGUUGAUGUAGUGAACAAGACAGUUUUUGUUGUGCUGGUCUUGCAAGUUUUGUCUUGCUAGUAGGAGCAGUGUUUUUUUUCCAUAAGUCUUUCUGUUGGGCUUUUCCCCCCAGACAGUUCCUGUGAAGAUCACAGUUUAUAAAGCUCAUUUUAUAGUGAGGUGAUCACAAAUACUACGAAAAAAAACGUUUUUUUAAAAAAACUGUUUUAGGUUUUUCUCACUGUGUACUUUGAAGUGAAGUCAUGUUUUUUGCCAGCAAAAAAAAAUUAAAAAUUAGGAUUUACAGCAGGUACUUUUUGUUUACAAUGCACUAUGUUAUUCAUAAAUGUGAUCAGCAAUGAAAGUCCACAAAGGGAGCUAGGUACUCUUCUAGUCACCAAGGAGUCUUGGUAGAAAAUAGUGGAACUCAUGCAUGUGGAAAAAUAAAAAGUAGAAACAUUUUUGUGUUAAAUCUAGUCAAAGCACUAGGCACUUGUACCGUGGUGGUAAAAAAUAUUGACUUAUUAAAAUGAAAGUUAUUUUGAAGUGAAAAAAGAUGAACUCAAUUUUUUUUCUUUCCUUCCCUCACAGGAAAUUUAUUUAUUUGAUAAUUAGUUGAUGUAGGCAUCCCUUUAGUAAUGAUCUUAGCAGCACAAUUUGUCUUUCCUUUUUUUUUAAUUUAUGAUCCAUUUUGUAUGGUUUCCAAGUUGAAUGACCUCAUUACUAAUAUUUGUUGUAAAAGUGAAUCUUGUUUGCCAACAAAUAAAUGACUGAUUACAGAUUUACAAAA